UGCGCAGCGAGUGAGGGCAGCUGGGAGGACUGAAGAGGCAAGUAAACCUGCCGGAGCGGGCAGGUAGCUGCGGGUGCGGCCCGGAGAGGAGCUGCCAGGAGUCGGCGCCCUGCAGGUCUGGGGACGUCGGCGUUCGCUCACGCCUAGGCGACUCUGGACAUGACACAAGUGGCACAUCCCGGCCAUGGGGUCCCAGCAUUCCACCUCUGCUCGCCCCUCUUACUGCAAGCGAAAGAAAGAGAACAGGGAGGAUCUGCUGGCCGACAGGGAGCAGGAAGAAGCCAUUGCUCAGUUCCCAUAUGUGGAGUUCACCGGUCGAGAUAGCAUCACCUGUCUCACGUGCCAGGGGACCGGCUACAUUCCCACAGAACAAGUAAACGAGUUGGUGGCUUUGAUCCCACACAGUGAUCAGAGACUGCGCCCUCAGAGAACCAAGCAGUACGUCCUCCUAUCUGUCCUGCUCUGUCUCCUGGCAUCUGGUUUGGUGGUUUUCUUCCUGUUUCCACAUUCAGUCCUUGUGGAUGAUGACGGCAUCAAAGUGGUGAAAGUCACAUUUAAUAAGCAGGACUCCCUUGUCAUCCUUGCCAUCACGGCCACCCUGAAAAUCAGGAACUCCAACUUCUACUCAGUGGCAGUGACCAGCCUGUCCAGCCAGGUUCAGUACAUGAACACAGUGGUUGGCACAUAUGUGACCACUAACGUCUCCUUCAUUCCACCUCGGAGCGAGCAACUGGUGAAUUUUACUGCGAAAGCUGAGAUGGGAGGACCAUUUUCUUAUGUAUACUUCUUCUGCACAUUGCCCGAUAUCCUGGUGCACAAUAUAGUGAUCUUCCUGCGAACUUCAGUGAAGAUUUCAUACAUUGGCCACAUGACCCAGAGCUCCUUGGAGACCCAUCACUAUGUGGAUUGUGGAGCAAAUUCCACGGCUGUUUAGAAACUGCUCUUGGUUCUUCCAUGGCAGCACCUGCCAGAAGAGACAACAUCUGUUCCCAGGGCCUGAGUUUCAUACCUACCCCAGGUGGUAGAAGUAGAGGAGACGUUGUUUCUCUCAAUCCCCAGCAGACAUCCUCCUGCCACUUGCAGGGAGAACUCUCUGUGGCGCCACCUGUGUUUCUCAGAACCAGCAGAAUCACUGCCCAGUGCCUAGCCUGUGCCCAGCAAGUAGUAGGCACUCAGAGCAAGUUUGAAGAAUUGAAUUCCAGUCUUUUCAGCUGUUCUGGGGCAUUACGCACUGAAACCCUACGGUGGUUCUAGGUUAGCAGACCGUGGAGCGACGUGAAGGUUGGACUGUCCGGG